UUGGGGGCUGUUGGGCUCUUCGGCAUUACGUAGGGAAACGCUGGCAGGCAAACAUAGAUCGUGAAUUGUGGCGCGUCAAUUAAAUCAUGUUUGGCAUCGAAACGCAUGUUUCAAGAGCUUCUUAACAUAUACGAAUUCCAUUUACAACACGUUGCGCAUACGCUGCGUUGACUGCGCCGGCCGCAGCAGAGGCAACAACUACAAUCAACAUCAGCGAGUCUCUAGGCAGCAGCUACAAAUUAUGAGAAUUAAAAUGAUAAAUAUGUUUAUGAAAGCAGCAUCAGCAACCACAAACACCAACCACAUGAGACAAACAUGAUUUUAUGAUUGAGGCAAAAAGAGCAACAGAAACACGAAUUUGAACAGCACCGAAGCAGUCACCACAAGCGAAGUACCAACAACAAUUAUUAACAAUUAUUAAAAUGGCAGAUCAAGUUGGACAAGAUGCCAGCAACGAGCCAAGAAAUGUUGGCCAUACACUGGCCAAGACAGCCUCCUCGCCCACUGCCCUGAAUCUGGUCACGAAGCGAACCAUGCCCACCGCCCUAGCGCCGCUGCGACUCAGUCAGUUGUCGGACAGCGGCGCCGAGAGCUGUGGUGAUGGCGACGAACAAACGCGACUCAUACGCGGCCCAUCUGUGCGGUCACACAAGUACAUCAUCAUACCGGCGACGCCCGGCUCACCGGUGGUCUCCCCAGCUGGGACACACCAGCUGCCGUUCCGUCAGACUAGCUCCAGCACAUCGCUGGUGGCGAUGACCGCGGUAAUGCACAAGCCGGCGUUACGCCAACCGUCGAUCAAGUCGCGUCCCACCUCGGAUGUCAUACAGCCGGCACAGUUGCCACAGCAUCUGCAACUGCAGCCGGCGGCAGCGUUGGCGGCAGCAUCCACCUCAACGGUCACCUUUACCCUUGAUGACAGUGAUGCACCGCCUGCGCCGGAAACACACUUUACUCCCGCAACGCUGACCUGCACCACAACCACAACAAUGGCUGCUGGCCACGAUGCACUCGCCGUCUCUCCACUCAGCUAUGAUCUGCGUUCCCGUCUCGGCAGCCAUCACAGCAGCAUGCGCUCCAUGGUGUCGGCUUAUCUGCCAGGCAUGAGCGAUAGCAGUUGCAAUCUCGCCGGCAGCUCAGCAGCAGUAUGCGGACUGCAGCCACCAAAUCCGCUCUACAUGCAACCGCAAUCAUCGCUCAGCGGUAGUUCCUAUCAUCUAUGCGAGCUAACCGGCAACCAGAUAUACUCGGAUGUCACUUCGGUACGCUCGCUGGCCUCCAUUGGCAUUGGGUCCACGGACGGACGCAAGCUGGUCAUAAGACGUGUGCCGACAACAGCCAACGAACUGUUCGAUAUGGUGAAUCCGCAAACUCCGCAGCCGCUGGGCAUCGAUGACGAUGACAGCUAUAUGGACAUGUCGGACGAGGCGUCCAAUUUGAAGCCACGCCAACAGCAUUGGGGCAGCAAAAUGCAGUUUGUCUUGGCCUGCAUUGGGUAUUCGGUGGGCCUGGGAAAUGUCUGGCGUUUUCCUUACAUGUGCUACAAAAGUGGAGGCGGUGUGUUUUUAGUACCUUACUGCAUAAUACUCUUCAUAUGCAGCAUACCACUGCUGUUUAUGGAGUUAUCUGUGGGACAGUACACGGGACGAGGUCCCAUUGGUGCACUGGGCCAGCUCUGCCCCCUUUUUAAGGGAGCUGGUUUGGCCAGUGUAGUUGUCUCCUUUCUCAUGUCCACCUACUAUAGCGUCAUAAUAGGUUAUUCAAUUUAUUACUUUUUCACAUCGUUCAAAACGGAGAUGCCAUGGAUUGACUGCAGCAACAGAUGGAACACUCCUGACUGUUGGGUGCCACAGCGCAAGGAGUUGAAUACGACAGCGCCGCACUCAUCACGCACCCCCUCCGAGGAGUUCUUUGAAAAUAAAGUACUGAAGAUAAGCGCUGGAUUGGAGCAUCCGGGCAUGAUGCGCUGGGAGCUGUUUGCCUGUCUUGUAUGCGCCUGGCUGAUGGUAUACUUUGCCACCUGGAAGUCCAUCAAGUCGUCGGCGAAGGUGCGCUAUUUUACAGCCACAUUUCCGUUUGUGCUCAUCAUUAUCCUCAUGUUCCGUGCAAUUACGCUCGAUGGGGCCGACGAGGGUCUGCGCUUCUUCUUCCGGCCCAAUUGGUCGGAGCUAAAGAACGCGAAUGUUUGGAUUAAUGCCGCCUCACAGAACUUCAACUCACUGGGCAUUACAUUUGGAUCGAUGAUCUCGUUUGCCAGCUAUAACAAGUACAACAACAACAUCCUGCGAGACACGGUUGCUGUGAGCCUCGUCAAUAUUGUGACCAGUUUACUGGUGGGCAUAUUUGCGUUCUCAACGCUCGGUAAUCUGGCACUGGAGCAGAAUACGAAUGUACGCGAUGUCAUUGGCGAUGGGCCGGGCAUGAUAUUUGUGGUGUAUCCGCAGGCCAUGGCCAAGAUGCCAUAUGCCCAACUGUGGGCCGUUAUGUUCUUCUUUAUGCUGUUGUGCCUGGGGCUCAAUUCACAGUUUGCCAUAGUCGAGGUGGUUGUCACAUCCAUACAGGAUGGGUUUCCGCGCUGGAUCAAGCGGAAUCUAGGCUACCAUGAGAUUGUGGUGCUCUUUGUCUGUGUCAUCUCAUGCCUCUUUGGACUGCCGAAUAUUAUACAGGGCGGCAUCUACUACUUCCAGCUGAUGGAUCACUAUGCUGCCUCCGUGACGAUUAUGUUUCUGGCCUUCUGUCAGAUGAUUGCCAUAGCCUGGUUCUACGGCACUGGGCGCCUCUCAAAGAAUGUCAAACAAAUGACCGGCAAAGUGCCGUCCUUCUAUUUCAAGUCCUGCUGGCUGGUACUGGGACCCUGUCUACUCUUCGCCAUUUGGGUGCUGAGUCUAAUCAACUACAAGGAGCCCACAUAUCACAAUGGACGCUACACUUAUCCGGACUGGGCCUACGGCAUUGGCUGGAUGUUUGCCUCAUUCUCACUCAUUUGCAUACCGGGCUAUGCGAUCAUCAACUUUAUGCGGACCAGCGGCGACAACUUCUGGGAGCGCAUUAAGAUCACACUGCGACCUAAUAUCUACGAGUGCAAGAUCUGUGGUGAGCAUCACUGCGAGCACGACUAUCCCGAGCAGGAGCAAUAUAUGCUGGCCCAGGAGCUUGGCAACAUGUAUAAGUCAACCGCCAGACCAGGACUGCAGUCUGAAGAGAAGCCGGGCUACAAUGCGAUGCAUGCGUCCAAUAAAGCGACCCAUGGUAUUCACACAGAAUAUACGUACAAGUCCACGGAUGAGCUGGGAACUCAGCCACCGACAGAUCAGCAAAGUGUCAAAUAGACCUGCCAAACGAGAAGGAAUCGUUACCCGUUCAAUUGUUAAUAAUUUCUGAGUAUUUUUAAUACACAAUUUGUUUAAACUUGCAAAACAAUAAACGCAAGAAUAGUUAAUUAAGUCAAUAAAUGAGAGUGAAAAACAAAACUUAAA